AUGAAGGCCAUCCCUCCCCCCUCGCCCUGCACAGUAGCAGGGUUACAGAUAGAGCAGCUGGAGCCGCACCUCAACUUCCGCCGGGGCUAUGCAUUGAAGCACACAGGCGAUGCAGAGGACCGCGUGCAUGUGCUGCCGUACUUCAGGGCUCUGCAAGACCCGGUCAUGGGGAGACGGCGCCGUAGGGUGUACCUGGAUCUGGGAGGAAAGGAGUUCAACUCGAGCGUGCUGUGGAUGCUCAGACACUACCCCUUGGAUUUCACGGAGGUGCAUGUCUUUGAGGUCAAGAAGGGGCUGUUCCUGCUGCCGCCGAGGCAGACACAGAAUGACGAGGCCCAAUACCCUGAGAUGCAGCCAAGAAAGCGCCUCGAGAAGGUGUCGGUGUUCUGGCGGGGGGAUGAGCCUCCUCCACUUCCAAACUGGAUGGCGGACAGAAUCCAUAUUUAUAACGACUUUGUUGACAACACGGAUUACCAUAAGCACGUGAACAUCACUCGGUUCAUCAAGGACGUCCUCAGGCUCACAGCAGGGGACACGCUGGUGGUGAAGAUGGAUGUAGAGGGCAAGGAGUGGGACAUGCUGCCGGGUGAGUGUCCCUCUGUGCUGCCGGGUGAGUGUCCCUCUGUGCUGCCGGUGUCCCUCUGUGCUGGCUGUGCGUGUCCCUCUGUGCUGGCUGUGAGUGUCCCUCUGUGCUGGCUGUGCGUGUCCCUCUGUGCUGGCUGUGAGUGUCCCUCUGUGCUGCCGGGUGAGUGUCCCUCUGUGCUGCCGGGUGAGUGUCCCUCUGUGCUGGCUUGUCCCUCUGUGCUGGCUGUGCGUGUCCCUCUGUGCUGGCUGUGCGUGUCCCUCUGUGCUGGCUGUGAGUGUCCCUCUGUGCUGGCUUGUCCCUCUGUGCUGCCGGGUGAGUGUCCCUCUGUGCUGCCGGGUGAGUGUCCCUCUGUGCUGGCUGUGCGUGUCCCUCUGUGCUGGCUGUGCGUGUCCCUCUGUGCUGGCUGUGAGUGUCCCUCUGUGCUGGCUGUGAGUGUCCCUCUGUGCUGGCUGUGCGUGUCCCUCUGUGCUGGCUGUGAGUGUCCCUCUGUGCUGGCUGUGAGUGUCCCUCUGUGCUGGCUGUGCGUGUCCCUCUGUGCUGGCUGUGCGUGUCCCUCUGUGCUGGCUGUGCGUGUCCCUCUGUGCCGGCUGUGCGUGUCCCUCUGUGCUGGCUGUGCGUGUCCUUCCAUGCUCGCAUUGAGUGUCGCCAGUAGCCUGACUACCUUCAUGGAGUGCAUGGUUCGGCUCACAGCAGAAGACACGCUGGUGGGGAAGAUGGGCGUAGAGGGCGAGUGGGACGUGGUACCGGGCGCUGAUGACACACGUGACCCCUUCCAGAUUGCCUCAUCCCCCACCGACCAACAUCCAUCGGAUCGGUUGAAUGACCCGGAAAUGGCAGCGAUAGUGGACGAGAUAUUCAUGGAGGUGCAUUACUCGCACCCCUCCAUGCUGGGCUGUCAUGUUCCCUCAUGA